CAUGUUUCCGAGGGCGAGGAGCGGGAGGCGGUGGUAUGUUGGGCAGUUUGGGGAGGAGAAGGUUGGGAAGAAGUGGACUAUUAUUCCGGGGGUUUACUGAGUGUCUGGCUAUUGGAUAACUUACCUCAAUGUGUAGAUUCGCCUGAAGGGCUGUAGAUGCUGCUCAACACUUUUGCUAUUACUUAUACCCAAUGGUAUCUCCGAACAAUGGCCAUGUCAACCUUUUCGACGACCAGCGCGGGUCAAAUUUCUGCAUCUCUUACUCUCAAGACACGACAGUCCAAGUAUCUAUUCAAAGACGUUGACGCAAAUUCGACACGCCCGAGGCUUUUUACAAUGUCUAUCAACCAACUUUCCACCGAGACUCUGCUGCUCAUCUUCGGUCACCUUGUUGACGAGCUUCCCCCCUUUCCAGGCGACGAUGUUAAAGUGUUGGAGUAUAAACAAGCGUCAUCGCGCCACGUGGUACAUUACCGGAAAUCUGUAGCCCUCAAAGAGCAUCUCAAUCCCGAGGACCCACGGAGUAGAAACGACAUACUCAACCUGGCGCGGGUCAACGGCCGAUUCUCAGACAUCUGUGCCGAAAUUCUCUACAAACGUAUCGUCGUUAUGGAUGAUAGGGGGUCGGUGAACUCACGCAAGCUACAAACCACACUGGCCUCGUCCGGAGCCAAGCUCCAGCAAAGGGUUAUACAACUACGAAUAGACUAUGAUCGCAUCUACGGAGUGUGGUUAAGUGUGCCACCAAGACUAUUCGACCCCUCCGGAUUAACCCAAUUGAGGACACUCGAGCUCUCCGGCGACGUAGGACGCUAUAGAUGGCUAUACCCACGGCCCCCGGCCCACUGGUUCAGCGCCAUCCCCAAGCUUCCCGGUCUCGAGCGUCUGGUCUUGAGACACCUGGACGAUGUAGUCUCCCACUUCGUAGGGGCCCACAUGCCCGCCUUGCCACGGGUCACGGAUUUGUGUCUCUACAGAUGCGAUACUUACACAAGCGGCUCCUAUAGCCAAAAUGACAUGUUCCAGUGCUUCCCGGCGCUGCGCACUCUUACUAUCGGAGGGUGGUGGGAGAUAGAGCUCCCGCAUGACGCCCAAGCCUUUGCACCAUUUGCGGACACGUUGGAGACGUUUACUUGGUGUAUUACCCCAUCGACCUGGCGGACGAGGAACCUCUCAACGUCGGCUUUCCCUCUGCAGGCGCGUGGGCUCAGGGCGGUGAAGCACCUCAAGGUGACGAGUCUGCUAGAGCUCAUGUGCGGCGAAACCGACGGCUGCGCGGCGGGAAAGACUGUUGAGACGAUUGAGCUUCUCGAUGGCAGAUUUGACCUGAGACAUGUGCCUCAGCUGCUGACGAAAAAUGGGAGAUGGAAUGGACUCAAUAAAUCUGCUUGGCCAAGGUCUAGACCAUAUCCUUCGCCAUAUGAUAAGCCAGUCUCGGAGGAGCCGAUUUCGGAAGAGAUGGAGAUGCUGCUCAAGUUCCUGUUCGGACAAUGUCGGGAUGUGUAUAGGCAGAACGGAGGAAGAGAGAGACUUCUUGCGCAAGCUUGCACUGGAUUAUGUCGGGAUUUUCAAAGAGGAACUUGACGUCGUCUUAUUGCAGGGUUUGUCUGGUUGAAGGAUUCGAGGAAACGCCUAGAUGAGGAUAUGUAGUGGCUGCCAUGGACGCUGUAUUUGGUUCGACAACAGAU